AUCGCUUUCGUUUGUGUGGGAUUGUGGUGCUCGAAAUUCCCAACAAGUGGUAUCAGAGCUGUUGGUAGAGCUCCUGGUGUUGUGGCGAAAUGCAAACCGAAGUCAUGAAGUAUUCAAUUGAGCUGUUCGAUGGCAAGAAUGACUUUGCUUUAUGGCAAAGCACAGUGAAGGAUGUCCUUACUUGUCAAGGACUUGACGCAGCUUUAGAAGAGACCAAGCCAGUUGAGAUGAAGGAUACUGAUUGGAGUACUAUCCAAAAGAAGGCAGCAAGUCAAAUUCGGCUGGUGCUUGCACUAGAGAUGGAGCUAUAUCAAUUGAAGAUAGUAGAAGGCACAAAUAUUCGUAAGCACUUAUUUGAUUUCAACAUGAUGGCGACACAAGUAGUGAAUGCUAGGGACAUUCUAGAAGAAGAGGAGAAAGCUUUGCUUUUACUUGCAUUCUUGCCAAAGUCUUACAAGUCCUUAGUGCAGACUAUGCUAGUGGAUAAGACUACUUUGGUGAUGAAAGAUGUCACAUCCAUGUUGUUGGAGAAUGAUAAGUUUCUUGGGGAGGAUGAUAGUGCCAAUCAAACUAAUGCUUUGGUGAUGGAGCACUCUCAGGGAAGAUCCAAUGGACGUGGAGGUGGAGGAAAUCGAGAAAGGUCGAAAUCCAGACCUAAGAAGGAUUAUGGUGAAGUGUAUCAAGAAAACAAGGGUAAAGGGGAGGCUAAUAUUGUUGAAGGAAAUGUGGUUGAAGUAUUAGCUUGUGAAGAGUGUGAUCCUGAGGGGGAGCUUGGCAAAAUAACGGUGGCUACCAGCGAGAAGGUGAAUAUUGAAGGCAUAGGAGAUGUUUGUCUCAAUGUUCACAAUGGAAGAGCCAAGAUUCUCAAGAAUGUGAGAUAUGUGCCCAAGUGUUCAAGCAACAUUAUUGCUUUGAGUGAGUUGACAACACGAGGGUGCAAGUAUGUCGGAAAGCAAGAAUGGUGCAAGGUCUACAAAGGUGGAAGACUUGUCUUGCGUGGGAGGAAGAACAGGCACAACAUCUAUGUGCUUGAGCAACCUCCCAAGAGAAGGCUCAACAAAACCAUGAGGAAGAUGGUGUGGAAGCCUAAAGGGAUCUUGGUAUAUGGCAAGAAAAUUAAUAAGACCAAGAAGAAGGUGAGCUUCAACAAUGAAGUGGUGUUUGAUGAUGGUUCGAGGAGGUGUGAUUUUCCCUCGGAUCAUAUCUUGGUUCAAAAUUAAUUUCUGUAGUGCAUCUAGUGUAGGUUUGUCCUAUCUUAUACUAGGAGGAAACUCUCAAAAAUAGGACACCAUGACGAAGUGUUCCUGAGUAGGGGGAGCAAAAUUAUGGAAUGUUGAAGUGUAUGGAGUCAUGGUUGGUUUCUCCUCUCAUAGGGUUGGAGGGGGAGAUUGUUGGAAGAAAGUCCAACCCCAUGUGUGAACCCAUGGACUUUUUGUGUGGAAGUUUGCUUCACCAACCUAGCUAGUUGUUGGUUAGGAUUGCUUUGUUGAAAUCAUGCAAGAUUGCAUGUUGAGCCAUUUAAUGAACAAAGAAAAUCAUGGACGGGUAGUAAUGAGGCAAAGAAAAAUGGUGCAUGGGUGGUUGGAUUUUUCACUAUAAAUACUCAUGCAUGCAAAGGCAAUGGGCAAGCAAGAGUAGGAGAAAGCAAGAGAAAUUGAGUGAGAGCUCUUGUGAGAGAAAAGAAAGAGAGAAAUUGUGAGAAAUCCUUGUGUAGAUUAAGAGGGAGUAUUAGGGAGAAUUUGGGAGCUUCUAUACAUUGAAGCAAGGGUGUUGAGUGCUUUUUGAAUAAGAGAGCUUCUAAAUU